AUGGAGGGACCAGACACUUUCGUACAACUGCCGCUGGCCAUUGACCCCAACACCAAGGGCGUCUCUUCAAACUCAUCAUCAGGCGCACUCCGAGCCGAAUUGGACGCCCUCAACGCACUCCAUCGUUCGUUCCUCGCAGACCUAGAAGGACCUCUGGGCAUUCCGCCACCGCCAGUCCCCGUCAACCCCAAACGAUCAGCACAAAUCACCAAACUCAAGGAAUCCGGCAAUGCCUCCUUCAAGAAGGGUGCUUACCCCGACGCCGUCCGCAUGUACGGCCUCGCCAUCGAUAUGGCCAUCAAGCGUCCUGUCUGGGAGCCAGCAGGUCUUGUGCGCGAGGAGCUGAGUCAACUGUACAACAACCGCGCCCAAGCAUACAUGGUCCAACAGAUGUGGCCCGAGGCUGCCCUUGAUGCCUUCUGUAGCACCGAACUCAAGAAGGUGGCCAACACAAAGGGAUGGUGGAGACGCACUGUUGCUCUCAAGGAGCAGGGCCGUCUCGACGAGGCUCUGGACGUUGUCAAAGAGGCUGUCGACUUCGAGUCUGCUGGUCCGGAC